UACAUUUUAACAGGGAAGCUUACCUUAGACCAACUCUCUUCAUCUUGCACCAUGAGAAUGGAUUAUGAACAGAAUGGAGACAAAGACACUUCCUUGGAUCAGGAUUCAGAGCCUGAAAGUCCUUUCCUACCAUCAGAUAUUUUAGAACCUCUGGGUCAUUAUGCAUGGAGUUUUCGUGAUCAUGUCAGGAAAAAAAUAGUUCCACCUCCAGAGAUGCUGCAGAUGUUUAGCGAACAGAGGAAAAACCCUGUGUUUCUGGAAUGCAGGAUCCCAAGAAUGACAGAAGACGUGGCCCGGAAUGCGCUCCUCAGCUUUGUCCAUUCCAAAUGUUGUUAUGGCAACAGAGCUGCCAGAGAGCUAGUCAUUCAGGAAUUGAAGCCACAGACAUUAUACAGAUAUCGUCUGGAGACUUUUAAUGAAACAAGAUUAUGUGAAUGGACUUUUGAACCUUACACUACUGGUUUAAUAGAUGGGCCACAAAAUGGUGCACCCCCUCCGCCAUGGGAUAUUAAAGUCCAGCCACCACAGAUGUUUCAGGAAGAUACAAAGAAGUUCCGGGUACCUCACACUUCUUUUGUCAAGGAGUGUCAUAAGUGUCAUGGCCGUGGCCGAUAUAAAUGUAGUGGUUGCCAUGGCGCUGGCAGGAUGCGGUGCCUUACAUGCAGUGGAGCCAGGCAAAAAGCAAAAGCAAAGUAUUUGAAACAUCACAAACGAUGCCAGAUGUGUUCAGGCAGUGGCCGCAGAAGGUGUAGUACUUGUUCUGGAAGAGGCAACAAGACCUGUCUUACCUGCCGGGGAGAGAAAAAGUUGCUCCACUUUAUUCAGCUGACAAUAACUUGGAAGAACAAUGUAUUUGAAUUCAUUUUUGAGCACCAGAUGAACUUUCCAAGAGAACUACUCAAUAAAACUAUGGGAGAGAACAUAUUUAAAGAUGAAAACACACAGGUAUAUCCUCUCAUUGAUUUUCCUUAUCCUGAGAUCGCUCUGGCAUCACAAAGAGCUAUUGCAGAGCAUAAUGCCUCCUUCACCAGCACAUCUCACAUCCUGCAGCAGCGGCAGACUGUUGAGUUAAUUCCUGUUACUGAAGUCCAUUACUGCUAUGCUGAGAAGAUGUACCUUUAUUAUAUCUACGGAAUGGAGAACAAGGUCCAUGCCCUGGACUACCCAGAAAGAUAUUGCUGUGGUUGUACCAUCAUCUGACCAUGGAAAAAACUGCAAGGAGGAGUUCCGUUAUGAAAAAACCUAUUCUUAUAGCCAUGCUA